AAACGGCAUAGGCAACUGACUAUUAUAAGUGAGUAAAAAUUUCCGGUACAAUGAUAUUACAAGUUCACAGAAUAAUAGUACAUAUUCUUUAAAGAUUAUUCACAUAGUCACACGUAGAUAAUGUUUUAAGUGUAAAUUAUAAAGUAAAGAAGCAAGUUUAAAAAAUGGAGAAGAUUUUAGACACUAAAGUGAUAUGUGUAGUGGUGAUGCUGUUGUGUGCUUUGGUGACCACAGUUGAAUAUAAUGAAACCAAUGAGGGUUAUGCACAAAAUUUCAUGCCAAUUUGUCCUGGUGUAGGAAAGCCCGCCGAUAUCAAACCAAAAAAUUUGGGUAAAAUAAAAAUCGCAGUUUUCGAUGGCGGUCCGAUUUUAUUCUCCAAAUGGACUUCUUACAACUACCGCAACAUAAGAACCCUGGUCAAGGACCCUAAUAUAGACCUCAGACGAAAGACGAUUGUGUAUUGUCCUGGAUAUUUUGAAUAUACUGCGUUGCCUGUUGGAAGGAUUUUGAUGAUGCAGUAUAAGAGGUUGGGGUACAACGUGUUAAUUUUAGAAUAUGUGCACUUCACCACAAACAUAUUCCCCGUCGUUGCACGCUUGAUGCGUCCUGUCGGCAAGCACGUCGCCGCAUUGCUAGCCAACCUGACUACGGUCGGUCUCGAGCCGAAAAAGCUGGAGCUGAUUGGCCUCAGCCUUGGUGGCGUGUCCAUGGCCUUCGUAGCCAAGAACUUCCAACAAAUGACUGGUAGAAACAUCUCAAAGCUCACCGCUCUCGACCCUACUGGACCCUGCGUCAGACACCUUGGACCAGAGGAUAGAUUAGAUCCGUCCGAUGCCGAUUUUGUCCUUCAUGUUGCAACGAAUAGUGGAGGAUAUGGCUCAAGCAUACCACAUGGUCAUGUAUCAGUCUAUGUGAACGGAGGGGAGUACCAGCCUGGCUUCGUGUCGAUGUAUAUGUGCGAUAAUGUGUGCAGUCACUUGCAAGCGUUCUUUAUAUGGAUUUCGGCGUUGGACAACCCUGGCAAGUUCAUCAUGGUGCAAUGUGAUUCUCAACAACAAGCGAGAGACCACAACUGUUUUGAGAGUAACCUCAAGACAAAUACUCUGGAUUUAUAUACGGAUAAAAAUAAGCCGGGUAUUUAUUACUUGGCAACGAAUACUCGAUAUCCGUAUUAUUUGGGUAAGAAAGGCUUGAAGAGGAGCGGUGCAGAAAUUUUGAACCACAUAAGUCACCUUAAUGCUGUUGACGUACUGCGGGUCUGAAGAUACACGUGACAGUUAUUUAUUUAUCGUAUGGCAUAUGUAUGUCACUGGAUUAAGUACAUAGAUAAACUUAUAAUUAGAAUUUCGCCCUUCCUAGGUACGCGACCGCUUCUUCUGAUAGGAUCUUAAAAUCAUCUACAUGGCCUGUGUAUCUAGUAAGGGGGCACUCCAGAGUGAUGUGGUUGAUGGUCUGGUCUGGGUGCCCGCAGUUACAGGCAGGAGAGGAGCUCCAGCCCCAACCCCAGUUGGCUCCAGCAGCCAACUCCUGUUCUUAAGCGGUUAAGAACAGACAACACCCGGCGCGGUUCCACGUGACAGUCUCAAGAUAAGACACAAUUUUAUUUAAGCUUAUUAAAACAAAAUAACAAUAAAUCAUAAAAAGAAUGUGUAAAAAAGAAAACGUGUGCUUAAUUUUAUUCAUUCAGAAAAAAUGGUAAUACCCUGUAUAAUAAAAACAAUGAUUCGACCAACAUCUUGAGAGACUCUCGCUACGUGAUUGGAUCAAGGAUCAGAUUCAGAAGGCGAUGAUGUUGGACACGGCGCGGAUAGUCAGUCCUUUUGUCUGCGGCCCUGACCACUGGCAGCUUGGGCCCUACCCCGCUGCUGGCGGCACACUAGGUUAGGUUUUUUGCAAUGUGUUUAUAUGUGCUUUUAAUUGUUUAAAAAAACCUAAACAGAUUAAAAAAAAAGCAAGGAUUAAGGUUAAAGCAGGCUAUGUACAGUCAGCUGCAGAGAUAACUAACCUGAGGGCCUACCGCGAACCGCGAACGUGUUGUCUCCCUGUCACACUUACGUAAGAAUUUACAAGUGCGACAGAGAAGCAAAACGUCGAACGGGGUUCGCGGUAGGCCCUCUGUUGUAUAUGUAUGCAACUAUUACCGAUGCAUGUGUGUGUCCUUCCCCCAUAAGGUAACAUCGACGAGUACGUGACUACCUAUUAUGUCUCGCUCACACAAGUGUGUACUUAAUACGGAUCCGUCUCGGUGUGAUAGGCUUACAGUGACCUUUAAACAUCAGACAAUUAGAUACAUAUUAUGUUUUUUUUCCAGACAAUGUAUACAUGUUUAGCCUAGGUUUACACACGCCAGGUCUCUUGCGAUUAACGUCAAUGUUUGAGGUCAAAGACGAACGUAAUACGUUUAAAAAGUAAUUUACAUACCUACAGUAAUGUGCAAUAUAACAGCAUUUUUUAUGGUAUGAAAAGACUUACGGCCCGAUUCGAAGAAUGAGAUACGAUAACGAUAAGUUCUGGUUUAGAUAAGUUCUCAUUUAGAUAUCGUAUAUAUGUGACAUUAUCUAUGAAAAGGGACCUUAUUGUCGAUGGCGCUUACGCCGCACUGCGUCGCGCAGCGUUGUACUCGUAUUUGUAUCGGAGCAUCGUUUAUGACGGCCGAAGCGCCAUCGACAAUAAGGUCCCUUUUCAUAGAUAACGUCACAUAUG